AUGCUGCCCAUCACGGAGGAGCCGUCCUUCUGUGUCCCCACCGCCGCGCUCAUCGAGACGGCGCGGCGCAGCUGGGACGCGCUCUUCCCUGGCGAGGAGGUGCCGCAGUUUGACACAGAGGAGGCGUUCCUCGCUUGGGCCAACUCGGCGCAACUUGGGUCGGGCCACUCUCCGCCGCCGCCUGUCUUCCUGGCUGAGGCCGCACCGCAGCCUGCGCCGCGCCCUCGGGGCAGUGCGGCGGCGCAGCCGCCCGACGCGCGCGCCACCGUGCGGGUGGAAGACGCUAGCGGCAUGUCGUGGGAGCACGGGAGCGUCGCACGCGCGAAAAAUACGCAAAAAAAGAAGAAAAUGGGCAACGCUCAAACCACCUCCUUGGGCCCCUAUUUUUUUCUUCCUUUUGACGGAAAUGAAGGCCCAGCCCUGGAGAAGACCAUCGGUGACCUGGCGCCAACACUGCACCGCUUGAAGAGCGUCGGCGGGAGCGGCUCUCGUCAUGUGCUGCCGGCCAGCGCCUCGGUCGGCGCGGCGGCCCAUCAUCUCCUCAGCGAGCGGCUGUCCUUCUCUCUCAUUCUGCGCUCGGAUGAGUCGCUCCUCGGCAUGGUGACGGAGCGCGACUUGCUGCGGUACGCCACGCAGGCGGGCGACCUGUCUGGCCGCACCUCGUCCCCGCGUGCGUACCGCGUCUCGAAGCCGCUGCCGAGCAAACCGGCGGUGGUGGAGUGGAUGACGCCAGCAGAUCGCGCGCUGACAGUUCGGCUCGACGACACGCUCGAGCACGCCGUCUCGCUGGUGCGGCGUGGGAUCUGGAGGCACCUCCCGGUCGUCGACUACUACGGCCGGAUCCACUCCAUCCUGGACGUGCGAGACGCGGUCGAGGUCGUGUUCGGCGCGCGCGGGCUCGACGCGUGGCGCGGCAAGACGGCAGCCGACGUGCUCGGCCACAAGCGGAAGCGCAAGCUGGCAUGGCCGCCGCCCGGGGUCCCCUUCGAGGGGUGGCAGGUGCCGCCUUCGGACUGGCGGCAGCAGCUCGAGGGCUACUUGCUGCACUCCGCCGCGCAGCACACGGUGUCGAGCGCGGCGAGCGUCGAGGAGGCGGCGCAGCAGAUGCGCUCAUUCCUGUCGUACUGCGCUGAGCCGCCGGGCUCCGGCCUCUCGCUGGUGGAACGGAGGGCGGCGCCAGGGUCGGGCCGCAGCGUGGCGUCCAUCAUGGCGCCGCUCGAGGGGGUGCUGCACGUGUCGAUCAACGCCUCCGUCGGGGACAUCGUCGACCUCUUUUUCGCGCACAACAUGCGCCACCUUCCAGUCAUCGACCGGGGGAGGUUGCUCGGGAUCAUCUCCGCACGCGACCUCCUCCUGCCUCUGCUGUGA